GUCGAUCGAGCUAGAACCAGCAGAACUUGUCUCUGUUCUUCUUGACCCGUUUGUCGAGCAGCUCCUCGGCCGUCAGCUCCCUGUCCAUCUUCUCCUUGAUGGUCUUGUAGCCCAUGCCCGCCUUCUCGCGGUAGGUGAGGAUGCUCUUGGUCUUCUUGAGCUUCUUCUCCAGCCGCUUCGAUAUCUCGUCCUUGAGCAUCGCGUCUGACAGCCCCUCGCCAUCGGCCACCGCCGCCUCCCCCUCCCUCUCGGCCAGCGACCGCUCCGCCGCACGCUUGAUCUUGAUGCUGUCCUUCUUGAUGUGGUAGGCCGUGGUCGACAGCAGGUCGGAACUGAACUUGUCAUGGAGAGUGAGGCUGCGCUGGCCCAGCACGCCCACGACAAUGCGAUCCUCCACCUCGAGCGAUGUCGGGUGGUGCACCAGGAUCUUGUCGCCGAGCUCCACCUCCUCUUUGAAUUUUGUCUCGAAGCCGUUGACCGUCAUGCCGGAAGUGACCAGGCGGCCGCUGCCCUCCUCCACGGGAACCUCCUCGUCCUCGUCGUCGUCUUGGUCCUCUGCCGCUGCCCUGCUGGACUCCUGCUCGGCAGCCUGCUCCUCCCUCUUCCUCUUCUUCUUGGACUUCUUGAGCACGUCGCCCUUCAGCUUCAGCUUGCCGCCGACGGCACUGCCAUACUCAGCCAUGACGAGAACCGGUCUACAAGGCCAGGGUGCCGCCGAUGGAAGGCUUAGGG